GCCCCAUGCGUUUACUAGGAAUCCGCCUACAUGCAUACCUGGAAAAGAACUGCAUGAAAAUUGAUGGAAAGGUCCAGUCUACCCUAUGAUUUCUGGGAAUGAAUCGACUUGGUGCCAAAACGAAUUAUUUCCCCUUUUCAGAAGUGUCAAACCGGUCUUUGAUUAGCUGCAUUGUCUCUUUAGUGAGCCAAAAGACUUGCCAUCUGGAGGAAGGCCCGUUGCGUCCCAGGGGCGACUUCUUCAAGCCCGGAGAUCCUUCCGACGGAUAACACCAAUCGUUGCAAGUCUGCCACCUAAACCAAAUUCGCGAGAAGAAGAUGGAAAAGAAGAAAUUUGUGUUCCAACUGGAUACGCCCUACUCGGCAGUUCUCUGGCCACAAGUGACUUCUGAAGAUCAAGAUACGAUCCUGGAGCUUCUCUGCAGUCUUCUUUCUCCGCUGGGACAAUACCGGUCGCGGCACAUUCAGCCGUCGAAGGGCAAGCGGGCUAGUAAACGCAAGCGCAGGGAGGCUGGGGUAGCAGAAGCCGAACCGACUUCGCCGCCAGCUCCCGAGAUUUCAACAUAUGUCGAUGUGGGUCUCGCCGCAAUCACUCGCCAUUUGCAUAGUAUGGCCGCAGGAGGAGAUAAGUCAGCUCCGGUGGCGGCUUCCGACUUAGAACCGUCCGCUCAAAAAACAAGUGGCCUCUACUAUACCGCAAUCUUCUUGGCUCGGGCAGGCCAAUCGAGUACUCUAACCAACCACCUCCCACAGAUGGUGGCUGUGGCCUCAGAAACCCAUCCUUCGAGGCCUCCCACGAGGCUAGUUGGGCUCUCCAAAGCCUGCCAAGAUCGGCUAUCUGAGUGCAUUGGAAUUCCAUGCGCGUCCUGCAUAGGGCUCCGUGAAGAUGCUCCAAACUCCAAGGCGCUCAUUGACUUCAUCCGCGAACACGUUCCUGUCAUUGAUGUACCUUGGCUGAAGGAGGCUCAAAAGACGGCGCACUUGGAAACGAAGAUCGAAACUAUUCAGACAUUUGUAGGCCAGAGACGGCAGGGAAGGCAAUCGAGAUGAAAGGAUAUGUCAAUCAACCAAAGGGGGCACUCAGAACUACAUCUACCGGAUUCAUCUCUAACUAGCUAGCACUUCCAUCAACAAAAACAACAAAAACAAGUCAGACCUGCUGGAUUAGGCAGUCGCCCCUUUUUCUCUGCCUGUAAAUUCAGCUCAGGAGUCUUGUGAGAGACUGUUAACAGUGUAAAAACAAUGGCUCGGGCUUGCAUUUAUAUGCAUACAUUUAUUUCCCUGGGUACUCGCAGACAUUCAUGGAGCCUAUGAGUUCUUCUUUCAGUUUCGAUAUCAUGAUGUGAUGAAGGCUGUCUUAGAUGGAGAAUCGUGGAUAAGAUCUCGGCAUUGUCGUUUUCUUUACGUGUUUGAGUUAUUUCACUAUUAUGUGACUCCAUGUACUCUGGUAGUUCGCAGCCUCUUCUCGUCAUGAUACACUAGACUUUCUGGUAUAUAUACAAGUAUAUAGCCCUGGG